CAACAGUAAACUAACACGGCAGCGAGGUUGGCGGGCCGAUAGCUCGAACCGUGUCUUAGUAGACGACACACUUUAUGUACACAAACACAAACACUUUCGUUUUCUUUUCUUUCUUCUCUCUCUUUCCCUCCCCCCCUCUCUAUACAAUCCCUCUCGUCACCCUUUCAUUAUCUCCCUCUCUCUCCUCCCCUUCAAUCACUACUUCUACUCCUCUCUUUCUUCAUCCAGCUUUCCUUUCCUCAUUGAUUUCGUAAUUCUCCUCCUCCUCUAUCAUAGAGCUUUUACCGCCCCUCCCUACUUUCACUUUCCUUUCUCCUGCUCCUACUCCUCCUCCUCUCGCAAACCUCUCUCUCCGUUUCGCCACAUCGCCCAAUGUGUAUAUAUACUCCACACUUCCAUACAUUCCCAUACACGCAUAUACCUCUCCUACCCGACUAAUUACUGCUAUCUGCCCGUCUCCGAGUGGUUUCAUUCUACAUCCACUCCAGUCCCUUCCUUGGUCUCUCCUCCUCCUCCUCUUCCUCCAAGCACCACUCCACCACUACUACUCCACCGCCAUCUCAGGUUCUAACAACAGGCGGAACACAAACGUACAACAGGUAGUGGUGGUGAUGGUGGUGAUGAUGUCUGGACGUCUUUACAUGGUCCAAGCUCGCUGGAAGGAUAUGUGAUAUAAUGUUUGUUAGAUGAUUUAAAGUGGCUGCAAAAUGUGCAGUGUAUGUGGAGGUAUGGAGGUGCAUGUAUCAAACAUUCCAGAGAACUUCGACAAGAGUCAACUUCUGGAGUACUUCAAUGGUCAGGAACAUGGGGGCAGUUACAUAACGGAUAUAGCCUACCCGCUGCGUAACAAUGAGGCUGUACUUCUUUAUAAACAUCAUAAAGGUGUACAGUUACUGACACAGAGCAAUCACCAGUUGGAAAAUGCCCAGUUGACGCUCAAAGUUUUGCCGAAACCAGUUUUUGUGUCAAUGACCGCAACUCUCGACCCCGAUAUCACAAACCUGCUGUUGAGAAAUGAGAAGUACAUCCGAGAACUCACUUCAAUCCCCAAAGUCCGGUUCGGUAUUGAUAAACGUACCUCACUUUAUGGCUUGGAAGGAACCUGGUAUUCACUGGAGUGUGCCAAGGUUCUAUUAGAGAAGAUGCAGGAGAGUGGAUCUGAAUGUGAGUCGCCGAAAAAGAGCAGCAAAGACAACUUAAAUGAAAAUCUGGAUCCACAGAAAGAAAACCUCUCAAGUAACAGCCCUUUCCAUCAAUUAAAUGACUCAAAGCUAAAAGACACUAACAUGACAACAACAAACACAACAACAUCCCCAACAACAACAACCACAACAGUGCCAACAUUGUCAUGUGCUGUAGCAGAUGGCACCAGUGAUAAACAGAAGCCAGAGUCUGGUGGAUACAGUGGCAUCGACUUUGACAGCCCCAGGCAUCGUCGAGCUUACAUGAAACUGGCUCGUGAGCGAUUUUUAUCGACCUUUUACCAACCUGACAAAUCAACAGUGGUCUAUGAUGAGUAUCAUUACCCCGACAGCCAGUGGGAGCUGUACAAGAAAGAAGGAAGGAUGCGUAACUGGAGCACACGUUCAAAUAGAGAUGAUAGCUUAGAUCGAGACAAGAAAAUCUCAGACCAAGCCGGGGAUUCCUUGUUAAAGCCAGAUGGCUGUGAUGCAGCAAAACCUCAAUGCCAUGACUUGAACCAUCUUGAUAAAGUCCAGGGACAAUGGCUGAAAGAAGCAGACCACAGAGAUUCCUCACCAUGUCAUAUUCGCAAAUCUAGUUUUUACUGGGAAGAUGUGAGAAAGUCAGUCAAUAUUAAAGGUGACUCUGAAUAUGAGAAAGGAGCUGAUGGUGUGGUGCCAUCUUCUUGCCAACAGGCUGAUUACCAUUGCUCAGGGGAAAACUGUCUUGGCACAAACUGUGAGGGAUCUUCCCGACGAACUAGCCCGACACCACGCUCUAAGGAGUGUCAAGGAGUAGGAAAUCAAUGUAAAAACUCUCAGGAUAAAGAUUAUGGGGCCGCAAAUACUCGUGAAUGUCACAAACAUUUAGAGAAAACAAAAGAAACUUGUACCCGCAACAAAUGUAACCGAUGUCACUCUAGAGACCGAAUCUGUGAUGAGAGAGAUCUAGAAAAAUCUUGCAUCAGUUCAAGCAGAGCAAAAAGUCGUAGAACUCACCGGGGAAGUGUCUCACAUCGAAACAGUAGUCGAAGUAGCAGCUUUUCACCAAAUCGGGAUCGGAGCGAAAGUUGCCAGAGUCAAAACUUGCAUUACCGAGGUUUAAGUGAAGCCCCUGAUAGAACACAUGAAAGUCCUGCACGAAGACGUAGUGCUCAUUGGACUGAAAUUAAGACGUCAACUGAAAAAAGAGGUAGUAUUGGAGAUAACCAACAAGAUCGGCUAGAUCCAGCGUGGACUUCUGUUGAGAAAACUUCUAGUCGAUGUCGUAACAAUAGCGUUGAUGGGUCAUCAGACAACAGCCCAUCACCACACCGCGGAACAUGUCGCGAGAGGGGGAGCUCAGAAACAAGGAGCCAUAAAAGCAGUAAACAUGAACCACUGGACCCUAACACACCAGGGAGUUACCGUCGUGGAAGUAGCAAUUUUGAAAAUGUUAAUACAAGUUUGCCAUCUCCACGACAGUGUGGAAACAGUGUCUUGGAUUCUGCCGACUCAAAUCACUGUCCAUCGUUACACAAGACCCAUCAGAGCAGCAGGGAGGCUAAAGGUGGAAAGCGCUCUCCGCUGGUCCGGCAGAGACGUAGUAGCUAUGACGACAGUGUGGAGACUAACUGCUCCCCAUCACGACAAGAUGACCAAUGUGAAGUUAAGAGCUGGCGAGACAGACACCGACAUAGUAGUCAUGAGGAUACAGGGGUAUCUGAAAAGGGAUACCAGCAACACUCGAGUGAAGAACAAACUGAAGAUGUCAACUCACCUGUGCAUCCACCUCGUGGGAGAAGACGGAAACCUAAACGACAAAAUCCACCAAUCAAAGCUAAAAGUGCUACUGAUAAAAUGAGUGACUGUAGCAAUACUACACAGUGUAAACAGAAAACUGAUGAUAGCGCAAGCGAGUGCAAAUCAAAGUCUGCAAUACCGCGGUGCGUUGGCUUCAGGGAUAAAGACUUACAAUUCCUAGCUAACUUCUCUCUCCAUUUUCAAGGUGGUAUCUCUGUUGUUGUACUUUGUGAAAGUAUUACCCAUAUCGACACGACAGUCAUUGUCAGCCCAGCCAAUCAGCUUCUCCAGAGCACUGGCGGUAUCGCACAAGCCAUCUCUCAUGCUGCCGGCCCUGAUUUUGAUAAGAUGUGCCGGGAAAUAUCCCUGAAAAAUGGCUUGUUGGAUGUUAGCAACAUAGUGUGUACCAGAGCUGGUGGGCUAUUAAGGGCAAAUUAUGUUAUCCAUGUCUCUGCCCCAUUUUUUAAUGAUUAUGCUGAUAUCAAGCAAUGUCACAGCGCAUUGGUUCAUAGUUAUAUCAACUGCAUUAAUUACGCAAAUGGAAAGUUAAAAGCCAGGUCGAUAGCAUUUCCUCCAAUAAGUACAGGGGAGUUGCUUGGCCUCACCAAAAGCUCCAGUCAGCCAUUGCAAGGUUCAUUUGGAGUUGAUUUUGACUUGAGCAUCAAUGCUUUCUACGACGCUCUGCUCAUUUAUACCAGUGAUGAGAAUACGCCGAAAUUACUGAAGGACAUCCGACUCGUGAUCAACGACCGUGAUAGUGUGACGUUUGCCAUCAUCAUCCUCAACCAGCUGAAUUCGAUGGACUCUAAAGAAAUCACAGAGGCUGCCCUGGAGCGUUAUAAAUUUUCUUGUAGGAAACAAUCCCAAAGACAUUGUUCACAGCAGACAAAGAAAGCUGCCAAUGUUUCUGCAGAACCAAAGACCAGUGAUGCAAAAGUAAAGAAACAGUUGGUUCCCAAAGAAUCCCAGUUAGAACCACCAGCACCAUCAGAAGUUAAUAAACCAAUAGGGUUGGGUUCACCUCGUCGCAGUCCCUCCUACACCCAAGCAAUGUGCCAACUGGAGAAUGGCUGCAUGACGAAGAACAACGAUGCACAAACCAACUGUGAACAGAAAGCAAAUUCUUUAAAUUUCCGCAAGAAGGCUGAUUGCAAAAUCGAUGAAGAGAGUCCAGAUGGAGUCACAUCGUGCCUUUCAGCUUUAAUUCAUCAAACCAAAACAACUCUGGGAGCCAUUAGAGAAACUAAUCUGGACCGGAAACGAUCCAGUUCUGUGGGGUCGGUAGUGCGAAACCGAAUACAGUCUAGCGUUGUAGGUGGAAGUGACAUGGAUGUUCGCGUCGGCGCAAGGCUGGCUAGAUCCACUUCAUGCCAUCUGGAAAAAGAUGAGAAAAAUGCUGCUAAUGCGACCAACAACACAAACAGUAGCAACAAUGUUAACAGCAAUUGUGAAGAUGGAGGAAAAGGAUGUAGCAGUAAAGAAACAAAAGGUUCCAAGGCGUCCUGCAGCUCUGCGACAUCAACGCCGUCCAAAGGUCACCAGUCUACUUCCGUUAAACAAUCACUAUUGAGUACAUCACAAAAAGUCCAUUCUAAAGACUCAUCGAAACCUCGUUCCGGUUUCCAACCGCCAAAAAGCAUGGAGAGUACAUCAGAGAAAGAAUCUAAAUCGUCAAGCCAUCGUGGAGAAAAGAAUAAGAAAGACUCGGACAAAUCAAAGAAGGAUGGAGAUUAUGAUAUGCGUGCAACAAACCACAUCAAUGCUCUUCUGGACAAAGAGCGCGACUUAUGUAGCAGCUGUCGAGAGAGAAUUGGUCAACGAGAAGAACUGUGCUGUGGUCACUGCUUGUGUAAAGCAUGCUACCGUGAAAUCACAAAGAAAAAACCUGUCUGCCCUGACUGUGGCACCGUGUAUGCACCGAUUGUUGGGGAUCAGCCCAAGAACGGCAAAAUGUGUGUGACAUUAGAACAUAAACUAAAAUUGCCCGGAUAUGAGACAGCCAAUGGAACUAUUGUCAUUAAUUAUACAAUACCUGAUGGCAUACAAGAGUCAUGCCACCCAAACCCAGGAAAACGUUACCAUGGUACAUGUCGUACGGCCUAUCUACCCAACAACCGCGACGGCAACGAGGUACUGAAGUUAUUGCAGAAGGCAUUUGAAUCACGCCUCACUUUCACCGUUGGCCAGUCACAGACAACUGGUCGCAAGAAUGUUGUCAUCUGGACUGACAUAAACCACAAGACCAGUCCUUGUGGAGGUCCAGCUAACUGUGGCUUCCCUGAUGCAUCGUACCUUUCUAUGGUAAGGCAACAGCUCGAGAAGAAAGGCAUCAAGUGAGCCACGCUUACCGAGUGAAGACAACAUGCCCAGACUUCCCUGUUCCCACUUCAAACUCUCAUGAAAACCAUUCAACUAAGUCAAUCAUUAUCUUCCAGAUCAUUCCAAAAUUUUGACAAAAACAGAAAAGAAGGUAAAGAACAUAAUUCAAAGACACCCAUGCCACCACUGCUCCUCCUCCUCCUUCUCCUCCUCCUCCUCCAGCACCACUACUACUACUACUACUACUAUUUCUACCACAAUAAGAUAAACACAAAUAGUAAUGAUCAAAAAAAAAAUAUUAAACAUUAAAGCAAUAAAUACACAAAAGAAAUCACAAUUACAUAGAGCCCCCUCCACCACCACCUCCUCCUCCACCUCUCUCUCUAGCUAUACACACACACACACACACACACACAUUCACCUGGCCUUCUCAUUUUCUCAUACAUUUUAUUCUCCUCCUCUUUAUACUCUUCUUACACCCUCCUCUUCAUUUCAUUCCUGUUUCUCAAUCUCUCUCUCUCUCUCUCUCUCUCUCUCUCCCCACCUGUUUCUUCCAUGUAUCUAACAUCACUAAAACAUCCCCCCCCCACCACCACCACCUCCCCCAAUCUCCUCCCCACCCUAUCACACCACCAUUACAGUGCAUGUCUUUUAACAAGGAAAUUACUGCUACAACGAAAACACAGAAAAAAAUAUAAUAAAGAAACCACUCAAUUCAGGAAGAACAGUGGGGGGUGGGGGUGGGGGCGAAUUUCCACAGAAGACCAACCCCUAACCCUUAUCACACACCAAAUGGUUGAUGGAGGAGAAAAAAAAAGAGGGGGGGAGCGACGAAAAAAAUGAAGGAAAUGAAGAGGAAAGGAAGAAAAAUGAAAAUAAAAAUCAUUGGAUGACAAAUGAGUUAAUUAGAAAUAAAAGAAUUCCAAUUAACUAACGAGACAUUUUAUAAUGAAAAGAAAUGAAAAAGGAAAAUAAUUAUGACAAUGAUGACGAUGUCUUAUUUGCCACAAGGGCAAUGGGACAUGACAAGGAGCAGUAAAGGUUUUUAUGCUGCGCAAAUUAUGGAAAAUCUCAAAAAAGCAGGCAUAGAAAAAGGUAAUCUAUGCCCUAAAAGAUGGGGAAGGCACUUAGGGCCAAACAAGGAACCCCAAAGAUCCAGAAUUACACUGAGUACAAAGGGGCAACUGCCCUUCUCCAAUCUCUGUUCUCCGGCAUACAGGUUAAAUAAUAAUAGUAAUAAUGAUGCUGAUGAUGAUAUCAUUAUCAUGUUUAUUAUAACAAUGUUAAUAUCAUUUUUGUUUUCUUAUUUUUAAAAUCCGCAUACAUUGUAUAACAUUAAGACAGAAAGACAACUUGUGUGUGACCGUCUCUGUACGAAGGUGGAGUCAUGUGUGUGUUUAAGCAUGCAUAUAUGUGUGUUUUGUGUGUGUAUAUAUAUAUAUAUAUAUACACGUGUACAUAUAUACAUAAAUAUGCAUAUAUACGCAGAUGUGCAUACAUACACAUGUACAGACAUACAUAUAUGGUCAUUUUAAAGACCUUGUGCAAUUUUAAAUUUCAAUAACUCAUUAUUGAGAAUAGAAUUAAUUUGUAAUUGAGGUGUGAGGCAUCUAGUUUAGCUUCUUUAAUUCAAACAUUUAUUAUAUUUGUUUAUUAGGUUAAAAAAAGGAAAAGAAUCCUUACUUCAACUUCAUUUUACGGUGAUGUUAAAAACAAGCUAUUGUUUAUUCCAUUUUCUAUCUGAUUCUAUAGAUGACUUUGGAGUGAGAAUAACAAAUGUGAUUCCAGGCAUAACUGAAAAUAUGCUAGGAAAUGUCUUUCUAGAACUUUCCAGUGACCCUCUCUCUAUUUGCAUUAUUGGAAGACAUGCUGAAACACUCUCAAGAAGAUUCAUUCAGAUCAGAUUAAUUCUGCCAUUUAUGCAACUAAACUUAUACACAAUUAAAUUUGCACAAAACUUUUAUACUGAACCCUUUAUACAGUGUGUGUAUGUGUGUGAAAAUAAGUUGGGUUUUUCUUUAAACAAGUGCAGAAGGAGAGGUUUAAAGAAAAGAAAUUGGAAAAGUAUUU